UAUAUAGUGUAAUAGAGAAAGAAACUCAUUCUUCAACUAGAGAAGAAAAAAAAAACUACUUAGAGGAAAAAAAAGAUAGAAAAAAAAAUGGAAUGGAGAAAGUGUUAUUUGGAUGUAAUAUUGGUGCCAUUAGGGUUUAUAAUAUGCAUGGGAUAUCAUAUUUGGUUAUGGUAUAAAGUUAGAACUCAACCUCUUAGUACAAUUAUUGGAACUAAUUCUAAUGGAAGGCGUUUGUGGGUUUCAGCCAUCAUGGAGGACAAUGAGAAGAAAAACAUAUUAGCAGUGCAAACACUUAGAAACACAAUUAUGGGAGCAACCUUAAUGGCUACAACAUCAAUUCUUCUAUGUUCUGGUCUUGCAGCUGUAAUAAGCAGCACAUAUAGUAUCAAAAAACCAUUAAAUGAUGCAAUUUAUGGGGCACAUGGUGAUUUCAUGGUGGCAUUAAAAUAUGUUACACUUUUACUAAUUUUCCUAUUCUCAUUCCUUUGUCACACAUUGUCAAUUAGGUUCAUAAACCAAGUGAAUUUCCUAAUCAAUUGUCCACAAGACAAUUUGGGAAUAGUGAGUCCAGAAUAUGUGUUUGAGUUAUUAGAAAAGGGUUUUGGUUUGAACACUAUUGGUAAUAGGUUGUUCUAUGUGGCCUUGCCUCUAUUGCUUUGGAUUUUUGGGCCUGUUUUAGUGUUCUUGUGUUUUAUUACUAUGGUCCCUAUGUUUUAUAAUCUUGAUUUUGUGUGUUCUCAAGUAAAGGGUAAAAUGGAGUACCCUUGUGAAAAUGGGAGUAAUGGUAGUAGUGAAUUUGUAUCUGUGUAAGAAAAAUGAUACAUGAUUGAUAGACUAUGUAUUAUCUAUUAUAUGUAAGAAAAGAAUGUUGUAAUUGAAAUAUACUUGUACUUUGUCCAA